AAACACGCGACGAUCUCGGUGCUCAAACGAAACGCGAAAAAUAAUAAUAUGAAAACGAAAAUAAUUGAUUACGCGAAAAUAGCACGCGAUCGUUAUAUCAAAAUAACAUUCUUAUAAUUAGCGUUCUUCGUAUUUUUAAAGUUGCCAUUUUUCCGUACCCCGUGUGUUGUGUUUAGUUUUGAGAUUAUAUUAUUUCUAAGGCUUAUGUUUCGUGUGACGCUGUCAAAGUAUUAAUACAGAUACCCAUAAUGGACUGCACCGCACAUAAGAAUCAAACAUAAGAUGGCCGCCGAAGGCCUUUUCCAAACGAAACAAUGGACGAAAUACAAAAUGAACAGAAUCACAGUGAAAUUCCGCAUCACUAUGAUAAUAUUAGCAUCUUUGCCUUAUAGCUCAGCGGUUAGUCUACCAAAUGGGGAUCCGGCUCCGGGCAGGUCACCGGGACCGCCUACCGAGGGACCUAGUUAUGAAGGCACCGCUAACUUUGGCGUUGAAGAGACUACAGUCAGUGCAACGAGUGUGGAUAUGGAUGACGUUUGUGUGUUCGCUAGAGUGGCCAGUGACAGCGGUGACGUGGUGACGUUGAGUGAAGAUGACAGUGACGUGAAUUUGACGUUUAGUCAUUCGGUGUUCGAAGUGGAGGAGCUAGUGAGAGGCGUCGUUUAUGACGUCCACCUCCAGUUCGAAGAGCAAAUCCUCCGAGACUACGUCCUCCACUCGAUCGUGAACAACUUCAUUCGUGGGAACUUCACGCCUACUUCGUACGCUGAGCAGCCCUGCGACGACCAGACCCCCUACUUCCAACCAAAACGCUCCAGAAGCGAACGCUCCAAACGCACAAGAAAACACCGCGACUACAGCAAGUACUACUUCAAACCAAAGAUGAGGAACAAGAGAUCUCUGUACGGGGUGAGGCGGGUCAAGAGUGUUAGAUACAAGAAACGGUUCUUGCCUUCAAGGGUGAUCAGUGGGCCGUUGGGCGGUCGGAACGGUGUGCUGCUGCAGUGGACCCUCACUGAUGCAGUUCACUUCGACAGCGAGGAGACUAGUGUUGUUUUUAGAUUACGCUAUAGAAAGACGACGAGUGCCACCAUAUACCAAGUGUUCUUUACUAAAAUAUUAAGAUUAGAAUGUGCUAUACGACUUCGACCAACACGUUCGGGCCGCGUCCAUUCGGGACACCUGCCUCGGACACACGGGUGCCGCCUUAUCAUCCCUCAGCCUUCACCGAAAAACGCCUUACUCAUUGAACUUCACAAACUAAACGUCCCCUGCGCGGCAGGCUUCAUCCGCUUCGCACCCAAUACUCCUGCUUUAUGUGGAAAGCUGGAGCAGGUUCCGUAUCCAAAUCGAAGGUUCUUGUAUCUUUCCUCGAACAAGGACCAGACUAUUGAGCUCCAUGGCCGACCGACGUUCGCCGCGUCCUACCGUCUCGUAGAUCAUUGCCACGAUGUUCUCUUGACUGAUAGAAACGGCUCGUUCGAGGUUGGACCGACAACUAAGCUUCAGUGUUCCUACCGAAUCCACUUGCCUUACGGGAAUCGAGUGGCCCUACGUCUCCAAAUGGGUGCCGGUUCCAUGGAUCCCAUAGAGAAUGAUCUAUCGAAUAUAAUCCACGAAGAUCUCCAAGCGACGUGUAGAGGUAUGGAACUGACGCUGCAAGAUGGGGAGUCAAAGUGGAGACACUGCUCCCAACCAGCAGACCCUUUGAGAAAUGUCCAAAUAGUCUCAGAAGAGAAUUCCGUGAGACUAAAUAUAAGUAUUUUGACCAAGAAAACUUCUUCGGCAAUGUGGUUAAAAGCUUGGUGGAUGGAUAAAGAAGUUGAAAACAUCGCAGGGCAUUGCGAGUACGGUUGGGUGCUCUCGGAGGAUUUUUGUAUAAGCGCCGUGAGAGGAACGAAACGUGCCUGGAGACAGGCUGAGGCCGAAUGCGUGAGGCUCGGCGGACACCUCGUCAGCAUCAGAAAUGAACGGCAGCAACAAAUAAUGGAUCAGAUGCUCAUUCACGAGCCUGGCGCGGGAGUAGACGAUGUGUACUGGAUCGGAGCCACGGAUGCAGUCCACGAGGGAGAGUUCCGAUGGUCAGAUGGCUUGCCGUUUUCCUACGCACAUUGGUUUCCCGGCUGGCGGAAGCACAGCAGUCAGCCCAACGAUGACGGCACCUCGGGCCAGGACUGCGUGGAGGCUAGGCGAGAGUUCCCCCCGCGUCCAGCGCCAGCGGAACCCACCUUCAUGUGGAACGACAGGGGAUGCAGGGAACACAAUUACUUUGUCUGCGAGAAACCCAGCGUUGAUGAUCCUUACACGGCUUCCAAGAUCCAAUGUAACGAAACGAUCCAGCUAUCGCAUUCGCAUCCCCACGUCACAGUGUCGAGCCCCGGCUUCCCUCGUCCGUACCCUGACGACGUGGAGUGCAUCACAGAGAUCAGGACGCCUCCAGCUCACACUCUGCGCUUGCACUUCGAAGAACUCCUCACCGAACACGAGCCUCAUUGCAGCUACGACUUCCUGGAGAUCAUCGAGGUCGGGGUGGAGAACGCCACCGACCACUCCGGACAAGACUGGCUCAUCGACCACCAGGACGCGUUCAGCUCGGAAAAUGAGGUGUGGGAAGAGACCGAAUCGCUGAUUCCGGAGUCGGACUCUAUAAGCGCCGGCUGGAGCAGAGAUCAUCAGACGGCCCACGCCAGGAGGCUCUGCGGAGACUGGAGCGGGAAACUGAAGCUGUUGCGUUACCGAUCGCGAAGCAACGCCAUACGGCUUAGGUUCAAGGCGGACCACUCGAGGCACUUCGCGGGAUACCGGGCUAAAGUCACCGUUGCGGAUGCCCAGUCGUGUAUGGACGUGAGACAAGUACUCUACAACAAUCAUUGCUAUCUUUUCUCUGGAUAUCCGAGAGCUUCGUGGACCACAGCGAAACAGGUCUGCGAGGGCCUGAACAUGCAUCUCGCGUCAGUCCAUUCCGGCGACGAAGAGCGUUUCAUCGUAUCCGGCAUCAGACAGAGUGCGGACUACAGCGCCGGAUCGGUUUAUUGGCUGGGCGCUCGUCUGCUUGACGGGGAUUUCUCCUGGAUCGAUGACUCGGAAGUGGAGUACCAGGGGUGGCCUCCUUACAACGACACUGAUGAGCUCGAUGACGCCUGUUUGGCUAUUCAGUGGAAAUCUUCGCCGGUGCCGUCGCAGCCGAGUGGUCUCUAUUGGACACUUCACAAAUGCAUCCUCACCGGUGGAUAUGUCUGCAAAAGAAAGCUCAAUCCUGAACACAACGUGCAGAAUAGAACAGUUGAAGGAACAUCAGGAAGUCUAACGAGCCCAAAUCAUCCAGGCCUGUAUGACAACGACCUGGACUACUGGAUCCACGUGGUCGGGCCGCCUGACACUAGGCUGGUUUUCGUGUUCGAUGUCGUAGACUUGGAGUACCAGAAAGACUGUCUUUAUGAUUUCGUUGAGUUACGUGAUGUCCAAACUAUGAAGUCAUCGAGGUAUUGCGGCAACGUCGCCGAGACAAGAUGGGUAGCCGACGGUCACCGAGCUGUCCUACAUUUCCAUUCUGAUUACAACACGCAAGGCUCUGGAUUCUCUUUAUCGUGGCGUGCUGUGGAGCUCGCUGGCUGUCCGUCGCAGACGUUCACAUCCAAGGAAGGAGUAUUAAAAAGCCCUAACUUCCCCCACUUCUUGCUGCCCAAUCUGGAUUGUACCAUUGAUAUCCUCGCUCCUACUGGUAAAAGAGUCUACCUCAACAUCAGCUAUUUCGAUUUCGGCUAUGGAACUUUCGACAAAGGCAUUCCCGUCAACGUCACUGGCUCCGUCAGCGAAGAGUCGUACCUCGAGGUGCAGGUCGACCUGGAGAACCUCCCGAUCAGACCGUUUCAGAGUCCCGAUAUCUUGACGAACAGCCUCUUUGUCUCUAAAGCGGAGAUUCUGAGGAUAAGACUCAGGACUGGAGAGAAUGUUACGGGGAAAGGUUUUUUAGCACAUUUCACAACCGUGAAUUUUUUAAACGUGUCCAACGUGAUCGAUCUCCGAGACGUCCGCUCGGGGCGAGUGGCGGCUCCGAACUGGCCGCAGCGCGCCCCCCCGCGUGCCGCUCUCCGCACCCGGCUGCUCGCGCCGCACCAUCACACACUGACACUGGCUUUUGCGAAGACUACCCUAGUGGUGCUGGGGGACACCGCGGCGCCCUGCGGGGAUGGAAACGGUUGGAUCGAGGUUAAAGACAGCUAUACCGACAAUAACGGCACCCAGUGGACCCUGUGUGAGGUGGACAGGAGGAAGAGGAAGCUGGCGCCGACAGCUCCACUGGUCAUAAACUCGUAUCUCCAUUCGCUGGUGAUCACUCAGCACUCUGGAGAAAGAGGAGUCAACAUGGACGCAGCACUUGUUGUCAACGAAGAUCCGGAGUACCACAGUAAAAUACUGCUUCUACCUGACGAAACUAACUUGGAGUCGUGCUACCCAAACCCGUGCCUUAACGACGGACGUUGCUCCUCUGACGAUGCUCGAAGUUUCUGCGAAUGCGCUGGAUACUAUACAGGAGUGUUCUGUCUCGUGACCGCGUGCGAGCGGUCGCCGUGCGUGUUCGGAAAGUGCUCGCUGGGCGGCGGCGAGGGGGGCGAGGGAGGCGAGGGCGGCGGCGCGGAGUCGUUCCGGUGCGCAUGCGCGCGCGGGUGGCGCGGGCGACGCUGCAGCGAGCGAGUGCGGCCCUGCGCCUCGCGGCCAUGCAACAGCCGCGGCGCCUGCACCGAGCGGGACGGCGCCUUCCUCUGCCAGUGCAACCCUUCCUGGAAAGGCAAGAGGUGCGAAAUACCAAAUCCCUCGCCCCAUAUAAUCGGUUUGGGCCAACGAAUGCUCCAGGAACCAUUCUGGUUGGGUCUGAUCGCGGUGUUCGUAGUGCUCGGCAUGAUCGGGCUCGUGUGGUGCGCGAAGAGGCACUUCCCGGAGAAGAUCGAGAAACUCCUCGCGGAGGAGGCGGACAGGUGCGCGAGACCGGCCCCCAGCCAGGAGUCGGCGCCGCGCACGCUGCUCACGCGCCUCGGUAUCCGCAAGCCUUCCGUGUCGGGCCUCGCGCACCCGCGGGCCGCACGCACCUUUAGCUUGGACGAUCUCUUAAAGCCGCCGCUCGGACGAACACCGUCGCCCCGUAAAAAACGUAACAAUUCAACACCGACAAAGAAAAAUGCCGCCGAAAAGAAACAGAUAUUACAACAGCUAAUAAGUCCCGCGUCGGCCAACGAUCAUACCAAGAAGAUCACGAUGGGUGAACUGAUACAGAUGUCGGAAAAAAGAACCUUAAGUACUGUGGAGAGCGCCCCGGCAUUUGUGGACUACGGAGUUGAGAAUAAGGAGACAUCUUUCGCUAGUGAGGCCUCUAGUCCAUCCACAUCACCUUCCAUGAGACACAUUCCGGACCCUAAGCUCGAGAAAAAAGUCACAUUUGCGAGGCUCCUCAAUAAAGUAUCAGCGGAAAUGAGUUCUAGUUCCGAUGUCGAUAUGGUGAACACUAUCGCGAUACCGAUGGCGGUUAUAGCUAAUAGAGGAAUGAAAGCCAAAGCAUCCAGCACUCCUCCGUCGCCAGGCGUCGAGAUCAGGUCCCCUCACAGCACGUCCAGUAAUCAAGGAAGCGACUCAAUGUCCAGUCUCGAUUUGACGUUGGCGAAUGGCGCUUUAAAAAAAUAUUCAAGAACUCCAAAAAUCUCCAGCGCGGACUCGAUCUUGGCGAUGUUCCGCAAUUUCUCUUCGUCAUCAGUUGCCAUUGUAUCCAGGGCAUCGUCUGGAGGUAUUUCCGUUUCCAGUACACCUUCAGCUUCCUCUCCUCAAGACGAUACAAAUGAUGCUGACGACAUUUCUCUGGCUUCUUCACAUAUACCAUCUUUGGCACCCGAUUCGCCAAUCACAAGGCCACAUAAUACUAUUGAAAUCCAGGUCUUGGAUCCAUUAAGUGCCCACAAAUCAGCAUCAUCUGGCAGCAACCUUCUCCACCCACCUUCCAUUCUACUCGAAGUUCCUAGUUCCAUGAACAAAUGCUUAUCUCCCAUUAGGGAACUGCCCACGCCCUUACCUACCCCUUUGCCUACCCCUCUACCUACACCACUUCCAUCCCCUCGGAUGCCGCGAGCUUGUAUGGAUAUAGAUAAUAAAAGUGAAUCAACAACAACUUGCAUCUCGCCCAGUGAAGACGAGCUUGAAGAAAUUAAAUGUGACAAACCUGAGAGGUCUCCAAUUGGCCUAAGAUUGAAGUUACGUCAGCCGGCAUUAAAUGCUGACACACCAACCCCGUCGACCCACGUGACAGACUCGCCGAGCCCGAGCUUCACGCACAGUCAGGACUCGGAGCGCGAGAUGUCAUCGCCAUCUCCAGCUCCUCCAUCUCUGAGGGUUCCUCUCCUGACCAUCGAACGACCCUCCCCUGGUUCCCCCCCACCACGACGCACUCCACCCCACCUUGAAUUUCAGCCUCCUCCCUUGAUAACGGUAACCUACAACGCUAGUGAAGAAUCCGACGAGCCAAUAUCUCCACGACCCCCACCCCCCAGCGCCAACAUGUGCUAUCUAAGUCCCUUCUCCAUGUCAGCGAGAGGUGAACGAGCUCCGUCCGAAUCAAACCUCUCGUCGUCGGGAUACAGUUCAAUGGCGAGUCCUGGACCUUCGAGGUGCGGUUCCAGUAACCCCCUUUGUCCUUCAGAAAUGGAAGACCCGGGUUCCGGAGGCGGGCCUUCUUGUUUUCAAAGGAGACGACCGUUAAUGAAAACUAACUCCAGUCCUGCUGCUUCCAACGACGAUUCCAAAGAGCGAAGAAGAGGCAGGUCCGACUCAGAGACAUUAUCAGACGAUCCUCUGCUUGAGUCUAACGAUGAAGGAAUAGGCACUGAUGAGAGAGUUGAUGACGUGCCUGUCAGCGCUAAGGAAAUGGAACUGGUCGGGCUUAUAGAGACUCUAGACGUACCUCAAACGACUUUAUGUUCCCCGAGCGGAGUGACCAAGUGUUCAAUAGUGAAGUGCAUUAGUGUUGAAAGAGGUUUGGACGAAAAAGUUUGCUUAAGGCCGCCGACUUUACUUUCCGAAGGCAGCAGACCGUUGAGCCCCGUUAGUUCUAGGAGUGAAAGUCCUCUAAGCGAUAAGACCGGGUUAGGUAGGUUCUCACCUCAGUUUUAUGGUCGUCAACUGCCGUUCACGGAUUCCGAUGGCAUAUAUGACUUUCCGAGUUCGGAUUGUGUGAAGGGAUCUAGUUGUAAGUCAGCAGGUAGCUCGCAAAAGAAGAGCGGUCGGAAACGAGAUAGGCGGACAUCGCGGACGGCUUCGCACGAAGUUGCGGGAACGACAAAAUCUACACUACCACACAUGCCGCAUUCUAUGCACAAUUUACUUGAGGUGCCUGGUAGCCGCGACGCGUCGGGCCGGUGUCGCAAGAGCGGGCGGCGACGGUCGCGGUCGCAGGCCCCCGCGCCCCCCUCCUCCUCCUCCGAGGACUCCGUCUCCAACGCAUCGGUGGCCUCAGUCGCAUCCGCGCGGGAGCUGCGCUUACCUGACUUGGAGAUGCAGGACACCUCGUCAAAGAUAUCCUCGAGUUUGGAUCUGACCGAAGACACGCGGAAACCUGUCAAAGUCAACAAACUAAGGACCAUCAGUAAUCAAAUUAGAUUCCUUAGACGGUUGGAGAGGAGCUUAAAGAUGAAGGAAAGCUACCCGGCGCUCUCGGACGACGAAGGAGACGAGUCCUCGAGUGUCACGUCCCCACUACUACAAGGCAGGAAGGAUUGUCGUCUGUCGAGCCACGCAAUAUCAGCCCCUAUGUUAAGUAACGUAAGACCGAAAAUCACCAGGCAAAGACGAUACGAUAGAUCGCUGAUCAGCGAGGACACGAGGACUCUAAACGCUAGUGCGGGACACGAUAAUUCAGAUUAAGACCAAAAAUUCGUAUUGAUAUAUUAUUGAGAUGACGUUCUGAGGAUAUAUUUCAACUAGAGUGUUCUACAUUAAAUCCCUCUACGAAAAUGGGAAUUUAGAUAUGACGAACCUGAAAAUGAAAACGUUAUAAAUGUUUUACAAUAUUCUAAUAAUUAUGUGAUAUAUAGAUAAUUAUAUAAAAUAAUAUUAGAACGUUACCGAAAUUAGUAGAAACAAGUUGAUUAGAUACGCGAGAUCGUAGAUUUUAUGAUUUGUAUUUUGUUCAAUUUUGAUGUCUCGAUAAACUAGUAAUUAUAAUGUUGUAAAUAACUUUCAUUGAUAGCAAUAAUUAAUUAAUUGUUUGUAGAUAUUUCUUAGUGAUUUAAUUGAUAUAUUAAUGUAAAUUGUUGAGUAAAACAGUAAGUAGAUAGUCAUUCUUUUAUUGAAAAAUAAUUUUAUUCGUAGUUUACCUUGCUUCCACUUGAUUUUGUUUUUCUAUUUAUGUUGUAUUAAAGUAAGCAUUAUGUGUUUGUAAAUAUGUCUAGAUAUCGUAUUGCUCAAAUGCAUAUUUUAUGAAAUCAUUUUCGCACUCUUUGCUAUUUUGUAUAAUAUAUUAUAUAGACAUAUAUAUAUAUUUAAAUGAAUUUAAAACAUAUAUAUUUAUAUUCUGAACAACACGAGAGAGUUUUGUUUUCAUUAUUAUUCCUUUAUAAUUAUAAUAAACUUUACACUAAUUGAAUAAGCUAUAUUGUAAGUUACGGUAUAUAAAAAAAAAAACAAAAAAACAAAAGGCCCAAAAAAACUGUAUACUAAACGCGUUUUAAACUUAUAUACAAAAUGAUACUAAUCAUAAUUAUUGUAAUCUUUAUUCUAUAAUUGUAGAGUAAAUUUGAUUCUUGCUAAUAGUUAAUACCUAACGCACCAAUAGAAUAGGACACUGCAAUACUAGUUAUAUUUAUAUCGUAAUGUUAAAUUGAAUGCAUUCGUUUUAUUCUUAGAUUCGAUCCUUCGAAAUAAAACAGUUAAUUCAAUAAGUAAUGUUCAAGAAUUUCCCGUUAUAUUUAAACCUUCGUCAAUGACUAUUCAUAAUUCCUUGUGUAGUAGCUUCUAAUUUUCAAAAUAGUAAACGAAAUUUAGACCUAUAGAUUAGAUUUUGACCCUUUUACUGCUGUGUAGGUCACCGGUGCCGUACACGGCGCACUGAAUAAUGUCGACUUCUUUUACUAAGCGCUUGGAUUGCCUAAAUUUGCCUUCUUUUGUUCUUAAUGUAUGUUUUAGUAUUUUAGGUCGUUUAGAUAUACAUUCAUUCUCAAUAUCUUCGAAUUCGUCUUU